UGAUACAAGCCCCAAAAAGUAGAGUAUUUAAUAUUAUUUAUAUUAGUAAUUUGGAAGUUGACGUUAUUACAUGUUAUUGCCAAGCAGAGUAUAAUAUUCAAAUUAAUUAUCUAAAUGAUUAAAUAUGAGGCAUGCUUUUUUUCUGGACUGUAAAUCAAAGGAACUUCUAACCUUUGUUGAUUUGUUUCAUGGAAAAAGAUGAUACGACCUGAAAAAUGGCAAGAUGUACAAUUACGUGUCCGUGUUGUCUGCGAUUCAAGUUCAGCGCUGAAGAAGUGGAACAACGGUAUAGAAGUAAAGAGAUUGAUAAACUUAUAGACAAAGAUAAACACCUGUUGCGUCGACAAGUAAAGUUACUAUUGUUGGGAGCCGGUGAGAGCGGUAAAUCAACAUUCCUUAAGCAAAUGCGCAUUAUUCACGGUAUACAUUUUGAACCUGAACUUGUCAUUGAAUACCAGCACAUAAUUUAUCAAAAUAUAUUAAGAGGCAUGAAAGUAUUAGCAGAUGCUAGGCAAAAGUUAGGUAUACCAUGGGAAAACCCUGAUAAUAAUAAAAAUGGUGAAUUUAUUUUGAGUUUUGACAAUCGUACCACUUUGGAUACACGAUUAUUCCAGUCAUAUGCUCCAUCAAUGUACUGCUUGUGGAAAGAUGCUGCUAUUAAAAGAGCAUUUGAACGGAGGAGAGAAUUUCAACUUAGUGAUUCAGUACAAUAUUUUCUUGAUAAUAUUGAAAAUAUUGCUAGAAGUGACUAUUUACCAACAAAUAAAGAUAUUUUACAUGCUAGACGAGCUACUAAAGGCAUUUAUGAAUUUACAAUUCCAAUAAACAAUAUUCCAUUUCGAUUUGUUGAUGUUGGUGGACAAAGAUCCCAACGACAGAAAUGGUUUCAAUGUUUUGAUUCUGUCACAUCGAUAUUAUUUCUAGUAUCCUCUUCCGAAUUUGAUCAAGUUCUUGUAGAAGACAGAAAAACAAAUAGGUUAGAAGAAUCAAAAGACAUAUUCGAUUCUAUUGUAAAUAAUGUAAUAUUCCGACGAGUUUCCAUAAUUCUUUUUAUGAACAAAACUGACUUAUUGGCUGACAAAUUAGAAAGAAGAGAAACAAAUAUUAAGCAUUAUUUUCCACAUUUUGCAGGAGAUCCUCAUAGUUUGCCUGAUGUACAAAUAUUUUUAUUGGAUUUCUUUCGUCAAGCGAAACGCGAUCCAAGAAAAUCACUGUUUCAUCAUUUCACAACUGCUGUGGACACAGAAAACAUUAAAGUUGUAUUUAAUGCUGUUAAAGAUACAAUUUUACAUAGAAAUUUGGAAUCUUUAAUGCUUCAGUAACUUUUUGAAUUUACGCAGGUAUUUGUUAAAUGGUUAUGUUCAUUGUAAACGAAACUAUGAAUUUUUUUUUUGUAACAUUAUUUUUCGAAAUUCAUCAUAAAUCUUUCAUUGUAUCUCAACUUACAGUUAUCUUUCUCUAUAUAAGGUACAUCCUGCUAUCUAUUCCUACACCUUAAAAUCAAAUUUAGUAACUAUUUACAUUUAAUAUGCUAGAUAUCCAAAAAUAAAAUAAAAGCAAUUGAAUUAUGCCAUUAUUAUUGUCAUAACUUAAUAAGAUAAAAAUGUUUGAUCUAAUUUCUAUUAUUUUUUUUAAUCUCAAUUCUUAUACAUAUUUAUUCUCAAACAAAAAAAUUCUCAUUAAUGAAAUAUUAUCUUUAUUAUUGUUUAUAUGUUAAACAAAUUGUUUAAAUGCAUUUAUUAUCCAACUAUGUAUAAUAUUACUGUUUAUUGUUAAGCAAAAUUUUUAAAUUUAUAUUUUUGUACAAAAUUAUUACUGAUAUAUAUAUAUAUAUAUAUUUGAUUAAUUAUUAGAUUAGGUAAUAUUAUUUUUAUUAUUGAUUAGUUAUUUAGCAUUCAAGCAUUGAUAUUUAUUUAUUAGUUAUUAGAGACGGAUAAUAUUUUGUUCUACGCACUAUUUUAUAUACAUAAGUUUUGAUUUGUAUAUUAAAUGUAAUCCACAAAAUUAAACUUUAUAUUUAUUAA